AGCUAAUCACAAGUGCCAGUCUUCAUCACAUGGAGAGAACAGCCGGGACUGAGUGGAUUUAAGCCGGGGACAGUGGAGGGUCUCUGCCGGGUCUGGGACACGCGCUUCGCCUGUGGACUAUUCUCUUUCACGCGCUCAUUUUAACGUUCUUUGGAUUUUUACCAUCCGAAAUGUUUACGGAUAAAACAGCAGCAUCCUUCAUUCCUAACGUGGAGUAAAUCUUCCCCUGAGACCUGAAGGAAUCCAUCACCAGGCCUGAGGGCCGCUGGACCAGAAGACAUGCUGGCUGCCAUGCUUCGCCAGAGCUCCGGUGGAGGAUCAGGAGGUGGUGGAGGCAGUACCAGCAGCACCAGUGGAACCAAACUUCCACUGGGUAUCUCCAGAAUCUCCAACACAGGCUCGGGUUCAAUGGGCCACACGAGCGUAGGCCCCUGGGGGCCGGGGAAGUUCUCAAAGAAUAUCUCGGGGAGCUCGGACUGUCCAGAUGUACCAGCCUCAGACCCACACUACAUCAUGCAGCUGGUCAGUGAUGUACGAAAGUUUGCUGAUGUGCUUCUGCAACUCAAAGAAGUGUUCAACUCCAAAGAGCACCAGGACUGCCUCCAUCAUGCUGUCCAUGAGCGUCUCGGCGAGCUGCUGCGAGUCCUGAAGGCCAUUAUCAGCAAACACCAGAGCCUGAACUCUGUGGACAUCCUCAGUACGGCUGGAACCGUCAUCGCCACGGUUAAAGGAGUGAACUUUAAGGAGGUGAAUGAGGAGAACAAACAGAAGCUCUUUGGAGAGAUCUACACGGCUAUCGACACAUUGGCAUUCACCUUUGGAAAUGUAGUGUCUGACUUCCUUAUGGGAGAUGUAGAGAAUGGAUCAGUGUUGGGGCUCCCCCUGACCAAGAGGAGUAGGUCUUUUGAGAACAUCUCGGUGGAAUCUGGAGGAUCCGGUCCAGAGAAAGAUGAUCCGCCAGGUCCGUCUCCACCCAUGCGGGCGGAGGAGGUGGACCGGACGCUGCAGCAGCAGGACAACGGAGUGGAAACGGCGCUGCUUUAUGCCAAGGCCUGGUCCAAAUACACCAAAGAGCUGCUGGCCUGGGUGGAGAAACGCCUCAAUAUGGAUAUUGAGUGUGCCAAGAGUUACGCAAAAAUGGCAGAAUCCGCCAAGACCCUGGCAAGCCAACAGGAAUACAUGCCUUUCCGUGAAACCUACAUGACUGCUUUCAAAAAUGACAUCGAAUACAGCCAGCUGGUACUUCAAACUGCAGCGAUUCUCCAAAGCAACAAAUUCAUGCAGCCUCUCAUCACCAGAAAGAAUGAGCUGGACAAACUACGAAAGGAGGUCAAGGAGCAGUGGCAGAGAGAGCUGAAGAAAAUGAAUGAAGCAGACAGUGCUCUGAAGAAGGCCCGGCUGCUGCAGGCUCAGCGGCAGGAAGAGUACGAGAAAGCCAAGGUAUCUACCAGCAGGCUGGAGGAGGAGCAGAUGGGAGGAGGUGGAGGAGCAGCAGCAUUCAAACAGCUGGAGAAAAGGCGCAGGCUGGAGGAGGAGGCCUUGCAGAAGGCCGAGGAGGCCAAAGAGCACUGCACCGCCUGUCAGCUGGAUGUUGGUGUGAAGAGAGUCGAGUUGGCCAAAACCAAGAGUGUCAUCAUAACUCAGAUCAGAGAGAUGGUCUCUCAGUGUGACCUCACCUUUAAGGCUGUGACGGUGAAUUGGUUCCAGCUCCAGCAGGCUCAGGUUGUUUCUCUCCCAGUGAACCAUCAGACUCUGUGUGAAAACGCCAAACAGUACGAGCCGGGUCAGCGCUACAUUGACUUUGUGAGGAGUUUACCGAGUGACGGGCCCCGACUGGAGCCGCACUCGUUUGACAUUGCUGUCACACAAAACACAGGGAUGCCUUUAAACAAGCGCUCUCUGAGUGCCAGCCACUCCUCCCACAGUAACCUGUCCCAGGGGUCUGUGACCUCUGACCCCCUCUGUGUGGAAGACGUGGACAGUCCCGUUAACGCCCAACAUGCCAAGAUCGCAGAGAGGCGCUCCAACAGCAGCACUGACAUCCAAGCACUUCGGAUUCAGGCUCCGUUUCGCCCAUGGGCCUCAACGAGUCAGGGUGGAGGGAUGUGCAGUGACUCAGAAAGUGCAGGAGGGAGCAGCGAGUCUCGCUCCAUGGAUUCACCAACUGCAAGUCCAGGAGACUUCAAGAGGAGAUUACCCAGAACCCCCUCUACUGGCACCAUGUCAUCUGCUGAUGACCUAGAUGACAGGGAGCCUCCCUCACCUUCUGAUACAGGAUUGAGUGAGAUGAUUAUUGAAACAGCCAGCUCCCCAGGUCCCUUCAGAAACACCCAGAUGUCCAAAGCUGCUCAGACACACAAACUCAGGAAGCUAAGAGCUCCUUCCAAGUGUCGCGAGUGUGACGGCCUGGUGGUGUUUCACGGAGCAGAGUGUGAGGAGUGUUCGCUGGCUUGUCACAAGAAAUGUCUGGAGACCCUGGCCAUCCAGUGUGGCCAUAAGAAGCUUCAGGGAAGACUUCAUUUGUUUGGCAUCGACUUCACUCAGGCAGCCAAAAACAGCCAGGAUGGGAUCCCCUUCAUUAUACGGAAGUGCACAUCAGAAAUCGAGAAUAGAGCACUCAAUAUUAAGGGUAUUUACCGUGUGAAUGGUGCCAAGUCUAGGGUAGAAAAGCUGUGCCAGGCGUUUGAGAAUGGAAAGCACCUGGUGGAGCUCUCUGAGCUUUAUCCCCACGACAUCAGCAACGUGCUGAAACUCUACCUGAGACAGCUUCCAGAGCCGCUCAUCCUUUUCCGAUACUAUAACGACUUUAUCGGUUUGGCAAAGGAGAGUCAGAGCAUCAUUGUGGAGGAGCUCGAGGCGCUGAGACUCAGUCCAAUCCCAGUGAACCCAGCACAAGUCAGCGUGGAUCUGAACCGAGUCCUCUUCAAGAUCAAGGACCUGCUGAAACAGCUGCCACCAGCCCAUUAUAAGACGCUGCAGUUCCUCAUAGAGCACCUGCAUCGGGUAACGGAGCGAUCAGAGGAAAAUAAAAUGACAGCGAGUAACCUUGGGAUCAUCUUUGGUCCAACGCUGAUCAAACCAAGGCAGGUAGAUGCUGAAGUUUCCCUCUCCUCUCUGGUGGAUUACCCAUAUCAAGCCCUUAUCAUUGAGCUCCUCAUCAGACACUACCAGAUGGUGUUUGAUACCCCCCUCAGCCCACUUAGCAGCUCCUCACCCACAGAGAUCGAUGCCCAGUCGCGCCCUGACACCCACCUCACACAGCAGGAGAAAGAGCAGCAGCUGAGCAGACACUCAAAGUCGCUGGGAGACAUCAAGGAGCAGAGCUCCAAGGUGUAUAAGAGACAUUCCUCCAUCAUUCCUUCUUCACAUUUAUUGGCUGAAGUUCAGGAGUCGAUGCCAAAUCUCGAUGGGAGAGACUUUCAAGCCGCUGAUCAAGUGGAUUCAGAGGCCUUCAAUGGAGUUUUGUCAUCAGGCAUCCCUGAGGUCGAGAAACCCGGUGAAGGACUCCUUCGCAGAUAUCAACUAAACACUGUCACCAGAGUCCAGCUCCGACACCCUCGACACAAACUGUCCUCUCGGCCGGUGAGCAUGCCCGCUGAACACUCUCCAAACCGAGGACAAGAGGACGAGAACAACAGCAGAAACAGCUCUGAACCAGAUGACAGGAGGGGAGGGAGCAUUGAUCAGUCCAUCGAGGAGGUGGACGAAUCUGAGAAUGCUAAAACACGAGCAGGGACUCAUUACAGGAGUACAUUCAUAGACACUCAGACGUUACGCAGAACUUGGGACAAACAGUACAAGCAUGAAGUUACCCCUAGAAGUGUUAAAAUAAUGGCCAAUUCUCCUUCAGAGAAUACAGCAACAGAUUCCAGCAGCUUAUCAACGUCAGUGCCGUUGUCCUCUUCACCUUUCUCUCUUGGGAGCAACAUCUACCCUAACAGACCAUACACUGUGGCAGUGCGAGCCAACAGGACUUUAAGGCGGGAGGACAACGUGACCAAAUACAGCCAUGUGGUGACAGCUUUCAGGGCUCCUAGGACUCUGCAGCCUCCUCCAGGGACUUUCUACAAGCCCCCGCCUGGGAGCAAAACUAAAACUCUGCAGAACUUUGCUUUAGCUAACAGCGCUGAGGAGGAAGAGGAAGAAGAUGAGGAGGAUGAGGACGAGGAGGAGGAAUUGGGGCUGGGUCUUGAGAUAGAGGUGUCUGUGGAUGAACCUCUGGAGGAGGAGGCUGAGCAGGCUGUCAUGUCUCAGUCUCCUAGCUCUAGCCCAGAGGAACUGGGCCAAAACCAGGCCAAACCAGUUUAUCAGAGACUGAGGCCCAGACGGCUGCAAGAGGUUGAACACAGAGAGGCUCACUUUGUUUAAACGUGUGAGAGAUUUAAAAAAGAAAAUGGUGAUUAAAUGUACAAAAUGUGCACAAACACUAUAAAAAACAUCUGCAUGAACUCUGCAGAGACAUUUCCAGAUGUUUUAUGAUUGUGUGGAUGACUAAAAGUACCUUAAAGACAAACAGGAUGCACUUAAAACACUGUACAUUUUCAACAUGAAUCACAGUACUUCUUCACAAAUUACCAGUACACUCUUUCACCUGGUCAGGAUAUUUAUAAUUCUUUUAUAAAACUGUGCAAUUACAUUUUUAUUUUAGUAUUUUGUUUAAAAAAAAGUUGUUACAGGCUCACAAUCUUUGUAUGUUUAUAUACCAAAAAAUUAAAAAACCUAUGGUGAAUCGUUACAAUAGUGCAGGCAAACACAACAGUGAGAAUGCACUAAUCUGACUUUUACAUGAGUCGUGUUUUACUGCAAGUCAGCAAAUGAAAACUGUUACAUUUAGGUUUUAAUGAAUCAUUCUACAGAUAACUUGUGUAUAAAGUGAUAUAAUGACAUUUGUUACAAGGGUAAACUGUGCAUCCACUUGUUUUUAUACUGUUGAACUUGUAUUUUGUAAUCUUACACUGAUCUGAAAAGCUUUUAGAAAUGCCACCUGAUUGUAUAUUGGCAUUAUCUUUCUUAUUCUAAGAUCAAAUGUACAUUUCUUAAUAGCCAAAGCUCUUUUUUUAACUCGAGUAGUUUUAACAAUAACCUAAACCUUACAGGUUCUUUGUAAGUAAUUGGAAGUGCAUCAUGUAUUUAAAUGAUAUAUGUUUUUCAUAGUCGUGGAAAAAGUUAACAAUGUUGAAAAAGUUCAAUGUAAAAAAACAGGUACAUGAAAACAAACACCCUUUUGUAACUUAUUAAAAUAUAUCUGACAAAUUC